AUGGACUACGAAGAGCUGUUGCCCAUCGAAGGUGGUCAAUCACAAGCACAUAGACGAUGCGCCUUGUUUAUUGAGGAGACCUCUAUCCUUAAGGAUGACCUCGGACGUGAGAUUGUCUGCGAUAUUGACAAGAUUCCAAAAGCAAGAAUGGGCCUAAAAUGCUUGUUCUGUCGCGAGGUAAAAGGUGCUUGCUUCCAGUGUAUGUAUGGGAAGUGUGCUAGGUCAUACCAUCCUACAUGUGCAUUGCUUGCAGGUGUCCAGGUGGAAUUUGGCGAAACUUCGGUUGUUGCGGAUGAUGGUCAAGAGUAUUCAGUUCCAGCUAUCGACUUGAAAUGCAAAUACCAUCGGCAGAAGAGAUUUGGCUCUCUCCCAUCACAGACGCUUGAUAUGGACUCCAAGGUUCUGGAGACAGCAAUCAAGUUGAAGCCAGGAGACCUGAUGCAAUUCCAAGCUGAUAAGGAGAUUAACGGAGCCGUGGUGUUGGAAAACCGCCCAUUGGAGCGCUCGCUAAUGCUGAAAGUGCUUCCACGAGGUGACGUGAUUGAGCUUCCCUACCGAUGGACCUUAAUAGUCAAAAAGACUAAUUUUCCCCCACUACCCCCAAAUAUCCUGCCUCUUCCUGCCCACCUUUCUCGAAAGCCCGAUUCGAGGAACGAUUCGAAUUCAUCCAUGCCAUCUCAUGGAAUGAUAUUUGGUGAUACUUCCUCCAGCUACCGCUGGGAGGAUUUCAUUUGCGAGCAACCCCCAUUUAAUCCGGAUUCCUGUAUAGUUGACCUGACAAAGCCGGAAACCUUAUGGUAUUAUAUUGGCAAGACCUCUACAGACUGCCGUGCCCAGUAUACCCAUAAUGUGGAUAUUUCCAUUCAUAACCCGAGGUCCAACUUUCUUGAGAGUGUAAGAACCGCUAGGGCACCCACCAUUCCAGCCAAGGCCUUGGGUCGUCCUGUAUACAAUUCGAACGCAGUUGUUUCUGGAUCCCCUUCCGUUACGAGGCCUAUCUUAGGAUCGACCCCUACGACAACCAUGCCUCCAGCAGCACAAUCCACAAGAGCGGUGUCUCCAGCAAAGUCUCAGGCUUCCAACCCCCAGACCAACGAUAGUCUUCCUGUGUGGAGUCCAAGCGAUGCUGCAAUGAAGUCUACCAUGGCCCGAGAUGAUACCUCGCCAAUUCCAAAGAACGGCUUGGAAAAGCUUAGAACCUCCAUGUCCGAAUCGCAGGUCCCAGUCAGAUCCCUAGAUGGAACAGUUACCUACCAGCCGUUGAACAUGGAGGCCGACGACGUCGAUCAUCUGAUCCGAAUGCUUCGUUUCGCCGUGAGCAGCCUCACCAGCGUCGUUAAUGUGCCAGAGAAACCCAAGACUCCUGAACAGCAGCAGGUGGUAGCCCCUGAGCCUGUGAAAGUUCUUCAGCCCCAGCCCCAAGAACCCGCCGCUGAAUCGGUUAUCGGAAAGUGGGCAUACCUGGAACUACAACGACGCCAGGCGCCGUCCGUUUACUCCUCGCCAUAUGCACCCGGGUUUGGGUUCUCGGAUUAUGCCAAGGGGGAAUAUGGACUAGUAGGAACUCCGCAAUUACCUCGAAAAGAGCCUUUAGCAGCGGAUUAUUUUGCUAAGCUAUCUCCAGAAGACCAGGAAAAGAUAGUCCAGGCAUGUGGGCCGGUUCCCCCAGCCUCGGAAAACUUCUCAACACUGGAUGGCUCGAUAAUAGCAACACAUAGCCCGGCAAACCAAAACCUCCUAUUCCCUUCGACGGAACCUGCUGCGCCUAAUAUAUCCGCGGCCAUGGUCCCAGAUAGCCAUCUCCACCCACUUUCCGCCUUCGACAUGACUCUCCGCGCCGACUCCCCCGCCUCAAGUUUUAACCGUGUCCCACUGCACUACCAAUCUCCUCAGGAAUAUGGUAGCCACCUAGACAACGAGUCCUCCUUACUUCCACGUCAUCUACACGACCAUCACGAUCUCUUCGGCGACCAACAAGCAAACACACGGUUUUGGCAGCGAAGUGUUCCGUGGAAUGACGUUGACACUCCAUCCCAUGAUGAGGAGCAUAGACCUUUUUUUGGGCCUCAUCUACGCCCUCCAGGUCAUGAAUAUGCUUCAUCGGACAUGGAAUUUGGAAAGGGGCCUGGGUCACUCCAUUCAAUGGAUAUGGCUGGGUUCGGUUUCGAUGGCCCAGAUGAUCUUCUUCCGGAUCCAAGUCCAUAA